AUGGAAGAAAAGGAAGCUGUUGAAUUGACUGAUUUCUAUCAUUCAGUUAUCUUCUUCUGCGAUAAAUAUUCAUUGGACAAGCGACAGGUAUGCAUUUUUCACGAAAAUCGAAAUUUCGCAAAAAAUUAUCAUAGGUUUUCCUUGGUUUGAUUCUAACUCUAUUAUUCUUCAUCUUCUUGGUGUGCACAAUUAUUGCUUGGAAACGAUAUUCCCCGAUUAUUCAGGAAUUAUUGAUUAAAGAGAGUAUUGAAAAAGCGAAAACAGCUGAAAGUAAGUAUUUAGAAUUCACUGUUCUGUUAUUCAAUAAAAAAACAAUUCCAGAAAAUAAGGAAGAAUGA